GUCAAGACCUCCCACUGACAGAACCCUACAUUAGUGUUAGCCAUGUUGUUAAAGCACUUUGAGAUUCCCUUUGUAAUGAAUAAAUGUGUUUUCUAGGCAGGGGGUCUGGCAGGAGAUGCAGGAACAGAUGGGGAAGCUGACUGCCCUCCUGAAAGAUGAACGGCGGUCCCACCACCAAAGCUGCCGUGCGCUGUUGGAAGAAGCAGAGUGGAGAGCUGAAAGAGUCAAGCAGCAGCAACAGCUGGAGAUGGAGCAGCUGAUGCAGGCCCACAGAUCUGAGAUCAGUGCUUUAGUGGACUUCCACACCAAGACUCUGGAGAGGGAAAGGGGCUGUGCAGAGGAGAGAUGUGCCCUGCUUGAGAAAGAUUACGACUUCCUCAAAAGUUCCUUCCGAACAUACAAGGACAAUAUCUUUGAGGAGAUGUGUAACAGCUGGCUAAGGAAGGAAAACCACUGGAAAGAGGAGCAGGAGAGGAUUCUCACAGACCAACUAAUGCAUUUAAGUGAGAAGUUGAACAAAAGUAAGCAAGAAAAGGAAAACCAAAGGGAAGCAUUCAAAACGCAGAUGGCAGACCUCCAGGCCAGGUUUGAGGCAGAGAAAGAGGUGUUAGCUGCUGAACUGACAGAUAAGGAUGUGACCAUACAUUUGCUGAAAACCGCCCUUCAGCAAACACAGCCGCAACUGGACACUGUGACCAGCCAUCUGCCAGACUUUGUGAAGAACACACGCCACCUCAGGUCAAGACGUAUGUCACACAAUAUACCAGAACCAACAGUGCCAUAGUACUACUCAUGACCACACCAGUAUGUGUCCGGACGUCACAUUGUUUUUGAGGUUUCUGAAACAUUGUGUUAUAUGACAUGCCACAUUGUGCCAAGAACUACCCUGGGAUGUGUUGAAGCAGCAACAACAACAAAAUUCAUAAAAUUGAUUG